AUGGCGGAAGAUCAAAGAUCGAAAACGUUGACAAUUGAGCAAAAAUACGAAGUUCUUCUGAUGUUAGAAAGAGGUCAAACUAGGAGAAUCAUAGCAGAAAAAUACAAUAUUUCAAGAGCCACCAUGACCUAUAUAUAUGCACACAGAAUUGAGAUUAGAAGUCAUUUCGAAACCAACCCAGUGGAUAUCAACCUUUCCAAAAAACAUUUACCAUUGUCACGUUCACUGAAUUUCGACAGAGCUAUUUACCAGUGGUGCAUACGAUGUAUGAAGAAUAAUAUAGAAAUAACAGGAGUAGAGAUGCAGAAAAAAGCUCUGGAACUUAAUGACAAAUUAAACGGAAAGCAUCAUUUUAAAGCCAGUAACGGUUGGUUACAUAGCUUUAGAAACCGUCACCAUAUUUGUCAGACAGAUGUCAGGCGAAAUUUUCCAAUCCCAACUAAACCUGCAACAGACACCUUCAAAGUUAAUUUUAAGAAAAUUCUGCAAAACGAGGGGUACACAUUAGACAACGUUUACAAUGCCAGUUACACAGCAAUAUUGUGGAAAGCAGUACCAAAAGGAGCUUUGAUCUUUCCCCACGAGAAAUUGACAACAAGCAAAGAAAUAUGCGAAGAUCACGUUGCUACACUUUUUUGUGCAAAUGCUACCGGAUGUCACAAGUUGCCGGUAUUAGUAGUCGGCAGAACUGUGGAUAUUCGAAGUUUACACAAUUUGAAUACAAAUGCCCCCACAACUAUCUACACAGCAAACGCCAAUGCUUGGAUGAACGAUUCCAUUUUCAAUCUAUGGUUCGAAGAAUGUUUCAUAAAAUCAGUAAAAGAAAGACAAGAGAAGAACGGGGGCAGGGAGAAAACUCUGUUGUUACUAGGUAGUGAUAGGUCACUUCCCGAUCUCAAUAAUUUGAAUAAAAAAGAUAAAUUCGUUACAGUUAUGAGUACUCCACUUGACGUAACACAACUCAUACUGCCAAUGAAUUGUGGAAUAAUAUCAUGUUUCAAGCGAAAGUACCGAAAAGAAUUGGUGAAAGCAUUAAUGCCAUUACCUAAAUACAAUACGGGGAGAGAAGUGAUAGACCUCCGUGAAGAAUUAAACGCGUGGGAUUGCUGCCGCAUUGUACGUGAUGCUUGGUCGUAUGUCGACGAUGCAAUAAUGAUAAAUGCGUGGAACACCCUUUUGAAAUAUGAAUCCAGAUCGGAUGUAGACUUCACAAUAAAUAUAUGUAAUGACGUAGGUGAAACAAUUGAAUUGCUGCAUAGCUUACCUGGGAGCGAACGGUGCGAUCCACUCAGCGUGUUCGACUGGUUUAUAAUUGAUAACAUACGUAAUAUAAUCACAAAGUUAUGUACCGACGAAGUUAUUCGAGAUUUUGAAAACGAAUCUUUGGAUGAAGCGGACAUAGACAGUGUCGACGAUGGUGCUGGCCCUUCUUGUGCGAAGUUUCCAAGGUUCAGCUAA